ACACACGUCUUGGUGUUGGGCGAAAAGUAUACGAGUAGUGCAGUCUGAGGGAAAUUUAAAUGCUACAUACAACAAUUACCCAGAAAGUUCUGAAACUCGGAGGCCGGAGAGUCGUAGAAAAAUAAACACACACAACACAAGAUUCACUUAGUAUUAUACACACACUAGUCUUAACAUAAUCGAGAUGGGGCACAGCGUGUCGACUACAUCGGCCCAACGGGCCGAGAAGCUCCGUCAAGACGGCAAUCUCUACUUCUCCAAGCUCAAAUUCGCCGCCGCUAUUGAUGCCUAUACUGAGGCUAUUACUCUGUGCCCUAAUGUUCCUGUUUAUUGGAGUAAUCGUGCUCUUUGUCAUCGCAAGCGCAAUGAUUGGGACAAGGUCGAAGAGGAUUGUAGGCGAGUUGUUCAGCUUGAUCGUACUUCUGUCAAGGGUCAUUAUAUGUUGGGUCUUGCAUUACUACAGAAGAAAGAGUAUGCAGAAGGGGUCAAGGAACUGGAAAAAGCUCUGGAUCUGGGCAGAGGUGCAGAUCCUAAGGGAUACAUGGUUGAAGAAAUAUGGCAAGAGCUUGCCAAAGCAAGAUACCUUGAGUGGGAGCAAGAAUCUACCAUGAGAGCAUGGGAGCUACAAAACUUGAAAGAAGCUUGUGAGACUGCUCUCAAGGAGAAACAUGAGCGGGAUCUUUCUAAUACCGGAGGGCUUGUUAAUCAUUCUAAUAGUGUCUAUCCAGAGCAGCUAAAGGCUCUGAAGAAUGUAAUUGACAAAGCUAUUGAAGAUGACAACCAAACUGAGGUGCCGGACUAUUUGUGCUGUAAAAUUACACUCGACAUCUAUCGUGACCCUGUCAUUACUCCUAGUGGAAUCACCUAUGAACGUUCAGCAAUUUUUGAGCAUCUCAACAAGGUGGGAAAAUUUGAUCCAAUCACACGUGAAUUGCUUAAUCAGUCCCAGCUGGUUCCAAAUCUGGCUGUAAAGGAAGCAGUAAAUGCAUUUUUGCGAAAAAAUGGCUGGGCGUAUAAGAUGUACUGAUUUUCAACAGGAAUAUAUCACAACUGCUUUGCUUGGUGUUACUAUCAGUGACAACUUUGUCCGUAGGUGAUGUAUAGUUUCAUACUUCUGGUCAGGCAUUGAUGGCCAGUAUCAUGCUCGUGUGUACAGCUUUAAAGUCUCCGCUUUUCAAGCCCUCCUUUGUCCUGAAUUAUAAACUAUUAACCGAUCUUGGGUAGUUACAGCUGAUAGUGAACUCUGCUUCAGUUAGCCACGGUGACAGAAUUUUUGCUUGUAAAUACAAUAGAUCUCAUUAACUCUUAUAGUAUUCCAGCUUUCUGUUUUCAA